CAGUAAUGCACAUAGCAAGGAAAAUGCCAGAGUCAAAAGAUGAAAUGAAGUCGCUUGGUUGCAAGCAAACAAUUCCUUUUGUUUGCUUAUUUCGUUUAUUCCUUUGCUUUAAUCUGUUUUAUUUCAUUAAUGGAGCUCUAGGAUUUAUAACAGUCGAUAAAAAAUAGAGAAAAUUCUUAAUACAUUAAAGCACAAAGUUUCUGCAAGUGGACCGAAGAAAUUUCAAAUGUAAUGGAACCAGUCUCCUUUUAACUAAACAGAGAUUUGCUACAGUUCUGCCCACGUGGAUGUGAAUGCCCCUAGUUAGCACAAAGCGUGUUGGCAGGGAAGGCCACUCCUUUCCAUGCUUUCCCCAGAAAUACUGUGUGUCAGUCUCUUCUCCAGUGUGCUGACAAGUGACUUCCUGCAAAUGCUAUCCCCAGAACCUAAACAGUGUGAUGACAGCCAAGAAAAGGACUUCGCCUAUGCACUCUUGGAUCUUUCUCUCUGGUGACAAUGCAGGUUUUGUCAGAGCCUCCUGCCUGGCUUCUAGGUCUGAAAUUUCCUUCUUCAAGUGUGAGUACAGCAGACAAAGGCUCGCCUCCUUCUCCUUCAGCCUCUGAUGGAUUUCUUCCCUUCUUUCCUUCUCACAAACAAUUCCCUUCCCUUCAGUGAGGAGCAGCUGGUUGAUGUCAACAGCUGCCAUCAGCAAAAGGAGCACCCAGAAGACUCCCAUGGCAGUUCCUUCUUUGAAACAGAACGAUAGUGUAACCCAAGAUUCAGAUUCUCAAAAGAAAAAGAGGCUUCACACUGGAAUAAAACUUUUGCAUCAUUCCUAGCCCUGAAAAAAAGCUGAAGGCCAGAGGCAGUCCUCAGUGCUUGCCUGUUGCUGCAAGCUCCAAACUCAGCUGCCCAGAGGCUCCAUCAGCACGUGCUGAUGGGGAAGGUGAGGAAAGGUGUGACCCACACGGAGACAAAACAGAAAUGGCCAUGUUUGAAGAGGGAGAAAUCCAGAAUUUUAGAUGAAAGAGGAAAUAAAGUCCCCCGAGCAGGAGGAGGAGAGGAGAGGCCUAACAAGCUGGUGUCAGGCCGAUGAGGGAGACAUUGCCCAGCUGCUCUCAGGCCUCAGGGUGGCUCAGGGCAGACUGGAUACAGCAGGACCCUCUGCUGGGAGCGAUAAAGCACCGUGAAGGAACUGGUGCUACGGAACUCACACGCUAUCACUUGUUCACCCUGCACCUAAUCCAGGUGGACUCUGUUCAGCGAUGGAUGGAAGACCUGAAGUUGAUGACAGACUGUGAAUGUAUGUGCAUUCUCCAGUCCAAGCCCAUCAGCAUUGAGAAGGACGAGCAAAAUGAACUCAUCCUUUCCUCACAGCACAGCACUUGUGAUAACUUGCAGCUUCUGCUGAAGAGGGCUUGGAUCAUCAGCACCGAGCUGACCAGGAUUGCUCAGAAGCUGGAGAAGAACAGGUGGCAGAGGGUGCACAGCAUGACGGUGAGAGUCAACUGCCACGUGCGUUCCAUGAUAAACGAGUACAACACCUUCACCAGGAGCUCUUCAGAAGAAAUGCACCAGCUUGAAAAGCUUUUAAUAGACAAGUGUUCAGAAUUUACAGCAUUCACAGAAAGGUGCUUACAGACAGAAGAUAAAGAGAUUCUGAAGUCCAUGAAAUCUUGUGUUAAUGAAACACUCACAACCGUUGCCCAGUAUUUUGGCCAGCUGAUAGAGCUGGUUUUAACACAAGAGGCACAGAACCUGCUGAGGCAGAUAGAGCUCUCUGGCAGUCUGUACAUCACCGAGUCGGCCAUCAGCAGUUUAUUCAGCCUUGCCCAGGAAGGCGCUCACCUCUGCCGCAUCAUAGCCAAGGAAGGAGGUGUCGUUGCUCUCUUUAAGAUCUGUCGCCAGGAUUGUUUCAGGUGCCUUUAUCCCCAGACCCUGAGAACAUUGGCUUCAGUUUGCUGUGUAGAGGAAGGGAUGCACCAGCUGGAAAAGGUUGAUGGGAUCCUGUGCCUGGCUGACAUCCUCACUGACACCAGCCAUUCUGAAGCUACUCAUGCAGAAGCAGCAGCAGUAAUUGCCCAGAUCACAUCUCCACAUCUCACAUUCACUCAGCAUCUCAGCAGCUUUCUGGAAAAUAUGGAAGAAAUCGUGACAGCACUUGUCAAACUGUGCCAAGAAGCCUCAUCAGGUGAAGUUUUCCUGCUGGCUUCAGCAGCUCUUGCCAAUAUUACUUUCUUUGAUACCAUGGCUUGUGAAAUAUUGCUCCAGUUAAAUGCAAUGAAGAUUCUCCUAGCAGCAUGCUCAGACAAACGCAUAGUGGAUACUCCGUAUUCCAGGGAUCAGGUGGUAACAAUAUUAGCAAACAUGUCUGUGUUGGACCAGUGUGCUUCAGAAAUCAUUCAAGGAAAUGGUGUUCAACUUUUAAUGGAAAUGCUCUUUGAAAAAUCCUCCUCGGGAAAUCCAGCAGAAGCUGCAGCUUGUGAGCGAGUCCAGCAGAAAUCUGCAGUUACCCUGGCACGGCUCAGCCGAGAUCCGGAGGUGGCAGAUGCAGCAGUAAAACUCAGCUGUAUUCCUCGCCUGAUUAAACUUUGCAGAUCACCAACAGAAAGAAAUAACAGUGAUUCUGUUUUAGUGGCAUGUCUGGCAGCCUUGAGGAGAUUAGCAGUUAUGAGUCCUGAUGGACUGGAAGAUUCAGAUUUUCAGCAGCUGGUAAAGCCCAGACUCGUGGAUUCUUUUCUGCUGUGCACAAAUAUGGAAGAGAGCUUUGUAUAAAUGGGAGCCAAAAAACCUUGAACAAUAGUGAAGGUGAUAGGUAUACAGUAAGAUAACACAUGAACAAUUUUA